GGCAAACAAGAUUUAGCGGUGGUGCCCCGCAGGCCUACUGUACACAUACUAGGACCCAGGACAGCCGGGCGAGCCAGCGGUUGCAGCCUGAGCCCUCUGCAGACCGGCCUGAUCAUCCUGGACAAUGCUGCUUGCUCUGUGCACCUAUUUCCUCUGGCUGUCUACCAGUGACCUCUUGACUGUCCAGGCGAAGGACCCAGAUACUGAUGUGAGCACAAGUAGCUCUCACCGGGACUUGGCUCCAAAGAAUGUUGACUUUGCCUUUAACCUGUAUAGGCAUCUAGUGGCUUCAUCUCCUGACAAGAAUGUCUUUAUCUCCCCUGUGAGCAUCUCCAUGGCCUUAGCUAUGCUGUCUCUGGGUGCCUGUGGCUAUACCCGGGUCCAGCUUCUCCAGGGCUUGGGCUUCAACCUCACCAAGAUGUCUGAAGCUGAGAUCCACCAGGGCUUUCGGCACCUCCGCCACCUCCUCGAGAAGUCAGACACCAUGUUGGAAAUGACUAUGGGUAAUGCCUUGUUCCUUGACCGCAGCCUGGAGCUCCUGGAGCCAUUCUCUGCAGACACCAAGCACUACUAUGAUUUGGAGGCCUGGGCUACAGAUUUCCAGGAUGGGACUGGAGCCAGCAGACAAAUCAAUGAGUACAUCAAAAAUAAGACACAAGGGAAAAUUGUAGACUUGUUAUCGAAGCUGGAUAGUUCAGCCAUGCUCAUUCUGGUCAACUACAUCUUCUUCAAAGGCACCUGGGAACACCCCUUUGACCCAGAAAGCACCAGGGAGGAGGACUUUUACGUGAACGAGACCACCGUGGUGAGAGUGCCCACAAUGUUCCAGUCGAGCACCAUCAAGCACCUUAACGACCAGGUGCUCCCCUGCCAGCUGGUCCAGCUGGAGUAUAUGGGCAACGGGACCAUCUUCUUCAUCCUCCCAGAGGAGGGGAAGAUGGACACGGUCAUCGCCGCGCUGAGCAGGGACACCAUUCAGAGGUGGUCUGAGUCCUUUACCAGGAGCCAGGUAAACCUGUACAUCCCAAAGGUGUCCCUCUCUGGAGCCUAUGACCUCAGGGCCAUCCUGAGGGACAUGGGCAUUGCAGACUUGCUGGACAAUGGGGCAGAUUUCUCCGGCAUGACCCGAGAGGCCCAGCCGAAGUUGUCAAAGGUGGUCCAUAAGGCUGUGCUGCAACUCCACGAGAAGGGCUUGGAGGCAGCCGGCCCCGCCGGGGUCACGCCAAACGUGGAGUCUGAGCCUCUCGCCUUCCACUUCAACCGGCCCUUCAUUGUCAUGAUCUUCGACCACUUCACAUGGAGCAGCCUUUUCCUGGGAAAGAUUGUGAAUCCGACCUAAGGGUGCACCCCCCACCCCGGGAAGCCGCAGCCCCAGCCGAGCCUGUGCACCAGGGACCCCACAGAAAUGCUCUGAGGAGCAGCAGUGCCCCCCCCCACCGUCUUCUCCAGGUUCUUCUGUCCAAAUAAAUAACCAUCACUGCAACUGCUGGCAGGUGCAGAUGGAGUGGGGCAGUUGGCACACUCAGAAUGAUAGAAAUGCGAUAUCGCAACGCGAUAGAAUUUCCUGGUCUUGAUCCUUGUGCUGUGGGUGUGUAAUGUGUGGAAGCCGGGUGAAGGGUGUAACAGAAACACGAUUGCUUUUGUAAAUUUUUGGAAGUCUGAGAUUAUUCUUUAAUAUUUUAAUUAAUUAAAUCUUUUAAUUAAAAUUAAUCUUUUAAUUUAAAAGGAGAAAUCAUGCAAGGCCCAACAGAAAGACAUCUCUGGUGCUGGGGGAGAAUGACGUAACAUCUUCAAAAAAAAAAAGAAGGAAACAAAGCAAUCCUUCAAACACAAAGGCAAAAUAAACAUUUUUUUUUUCCAGACAAACCAAAGCUGAGAAAGUUUGUCACCAUCCUACUAUAAGAAAAAUUUUAGGGAUCCCUGGGUGGCGCAGCGGUUUGGCGCCUGCCUUUGGCCCAGGGUGCGAUCCUGGAGACCCGGGAUCGAAUCCCACGUCGGGCUCCCGGUGCGUGGAGCCUGCUUCUCCCU